GCUCACCACAUUGGAGCACUCCUUGACAAGUCGGCCAGUCGGGUUGCUUGCUCUUCCUCGUCGCUCGUCGUCUCUCGUGACUUCUCUUCUCUCCAUCUCUCCAUCUCUCUCUCUCACACACUUCUCUUCCACCUCUCUUGCUUCUCCCAUCGUCUCAUCUCAUCUCACCGCCUCGCCGCCGUUCUUGAGCCGUAAGGCAUAUCCUCUUUUCGUUAAUUCGACACCAUCCGUGCACUCCGCACGUCCCUCUCCUCCCUCCCCAUCCCCCACCCUCUCUCUCCUUCCCUUGCGGCCGGCCCUCCACAAUGCCCUCGCCCCUCCGCGACAUUCUCGGCCCCCGCGUCAACCGCCUCAUCAUCCCUUCCGAGACAUCCGACCUCCUCUCAAACGAGUGCAGCACCCCAAUCCGCACCCCGCCCUGCACUCCUCCGCACGAGCGCUCGUCUUACCUCCAGUCCACGCCGUCGUAUACACCACUGCCGCGCACUCCUGUCUCUAGACUCAACUCUCCACGCACGACGAUGGACCCACGGGCCCUCUCACCGGCCGCCGCGGCGCCCCUGCACCGGAGACUCAGUAAUGCGAGCCUCAUCCGUUCCCGCUCCGUCGCCGACCUUCGCGAGGGCUCGGGGAAGGUCGACCGGUCGCGCGCGCUAGCUCUCAUCGCAGUGUGUACGCUAAGUAUCGGGAGCCACUUUCUGAUGUAUGUGUCUGGGCCGAUCAAGAGCAAGCUCCAUCGCGAGCUCGGCUCGACAAAUAGCCAGUUUUCGCUCAUGAUUUCGGCGCUCAACCUCAACUCGACAUGGACGCCGCUCGUUGCUGGCAUCCUGGUAGCACGCUACGGCACAGCCGCCUCGUCCCUUAUCACCACCGGCUUCAUCCUUCUCGGCGCUGUGAUCCUCUACGCUGGCGUUGCAUCCGGAGCGAUCGCCAUCAUGGCUCUCGGUUACUUCCUCUUCGGGCUUGGCAGCACACCUCUAAUGGUCGUGCAGGAGACGCUGCUUGCGCGCCUGUCCCCUGGCGGCCAUCUGGGCCUUUCCCUCGCCCUGGGUUUGGUGAGCGGCAAGACAUCGAGCUUUAUUGCGAGCUUCACCUCCCUCCCGCUCGCCGAGGCGGGUGGUGACACGGCGCCAUUUGCUGUCGGCCUGGCACUCUGCAUCAUUUCCUUCUCCGCCAACGUCCUACGCCUGGGCCUUGGCUGCGGAGCUGAUCAGACGCGCGAUGCUGCAGAGGUCAGCCCAAAGCGCAUCGUACGCUUCGAUGGCGUCUCCCGCCUCGGCGACGUCUUCUGGAUGUACAUCCUCGUCAACCUGUUCUGCGGUGCCAUCUGGCAACCCUUCCUCCACCUCAGCGCCAACAUUGUCCAGGUCCGCUUCAACCUCUCCGAAUCCCAGGCGAGCAUGAACGCCUCAGUGCUCAUGGCCGGCGCCAUCGUACUUUACCCGAUCGUGGGCUGGAUAACGGACCGCGACCCCGGCUCGCCGCGCACGACAUUCUACCUCUUCUUCGCAACCUCCGUCCUCACUCUCUUCUGCUACAUCUUCCUCGCGCUGCCCGUGUCACUGACAGGCACGCCGUGGCCCGGCCUCAUCUCAUGGGCGCUUGGCCAUGGUGCCUCGACGCUCCUCCUCGUCGUUAUGAUCCCGCGCAUCAUGCCCGUCGCCCUCGUCCCUCUAGGCCUGGGCCUACAUAAGGCGCUCGAGACGGCGGCGUCGAGCGCCUCGCAAACUCUCGCAGGCUUGUGGCUCGACUACGCGAAGGAGCGGCGCGGGGAGAGCGGCGCCGCCGAGGGCCUGCUCCUCAUCUACGCGGCCAUCAACGCCGUGCAGCUCAUCUCGUCCAUUGCGCUGUGGCGCUUCGAGCGCCGCCGGCGCCUCGCCGCCAAGCAUGCCGCAUGGGAGGAGUAUGCCGAGUACGAGGAGCUGCCGAUGGAGGACGAUGAUGGGCUGACGAGCGACGAGGACGAGCCGCUCGUCGAGGAUCCCCGGGCGCGCGCCAUCGCGGCCAAGAUCAAGGAGGACGGACCGCAGUCAGGCCUCGCGCGGAGCGAAGCUGAGCGGAAGCGCGGCCGCAAGUUCUUCUUCUGUGGGCUCGGGUUUAUCGGGUGCGUGUGGACGCUGUGGAUCGUCACGGCGUGGCGGAAGUUAUAGCAACAAGCAUGAGGCGAUUAGAAGGAGAGCGAGUCGGAAGUGACCCUGCAUAAUGAUAACGAGAAUGUAGCUGUAAGCAUGUAUACUGUGACAAGG